UUGCACACUUCUUGUGUACUCCAAAAAAAAAAAACAAAUAAUUCUUAUCACCAUUUCUAUGGCAUUAAUCAUGGCUCCGAAUUAGAUCAAUGAUGUGAUACCACCACGAGGACGCCGUUCCGUUCCGAUCCCACUCCACAAUGAGCAACGGCGACCCAAGCCAAACCCACAGCAGCCAGCGUAACCAGGAGCGCGGUGGCGGAGGCGGAGGAGACUCCACAAAGGACAGGGGCAAGGAGAGGGACAAGGAGAAGAAGGGCUGGUUCCACUCGCUGACCAGGCGCAAGAAGUCCGACUCGGCGCUGUCUGCAUCCGCCAGCACUGGAGCUGGAGGCCACCAAAAUAACAACAACGAGGUAUGCGUCCUUGAGGCGGGGGACACGUCCAUGGCCAGCUGCAGCAAUGGGGCCACGGGCACCCUACGCAGGCGGCGGGAGAAGCGAAAUGUGUUCGCGAGACUGCGCCGGAAGGUGGGCCAGGGCCUCAGCUCCCUGCGCAAUUGGCACUCUAUGGGCGACUGUGACGAUGGCGGGACCACGGAUGCCACCUAUGAGUUCCUUACCCCGGCCAUAUGCAUGGAGCCCACGUUGCCGUUCACGCACGACUACUUGCGCUUCAUCCGGAAGAAGUGGCUGGAGCGCGAUGACGCCCACUCACCCAACCAGGUCAUGUACAAGGCCUGCUCGGAGAUGCUCAACCAAGUGUGGUACUGGGGCGAGAUCUCCAGGCGCGACUCGCAGCGGCAGCUUAGUGACAAGCCCACUGGAUCGUUCCUUGUCCGCGACUCGGAGACGAGCGGUUCCCAGUUUACGCUGAGCUUCCGCAUUGUAAAUGUGACCCUGCACUAUAGGCUAGAGUAUCGUGAUGAUUUUUGGCACUUCGAGGAGCUAAAGUACGAGUCAAUAGUGGAGAUGAUCGACGACAUAUUGCACCGCUGCACCAACGACAACUUCGUCUGCUUCGUGAAGGUGCCCAACGAGAUGCAGCCGCCGUUCCCAGUGAUCCUUAAGUACCCGCUGAGCCGGUACGCCAACAUGCCCAAGCUGCAGGACCUUUGUCGUCGCGUCCUGCAGCGCCAGAUGUCGCGCGAGCAGCUGGCCCAGCUGCCCGUCCCGGCCCAGAUGCUGGAGUACUUGUCGGUGGAGCGGGAGCUGGUCUUCCAGAGCUAGGCAGAGCUAGCGCCCGCUGGUCAAAGCUUUAACACGGAAGUAAGAAACGCAAAUGCAAGCACGUACACCAAAGAUGUCCGGGCGAAUCACAGCCUGCAGUUACUCGUAAUGAUAUAUAUAUAUAUUUGUUGGACGGUUUGGCAAUAUGUUUUCGAUGUUCGAUGCAUUUCUACGCCCCAAGUAACUAAACGCACUGUCUCUCACCACAAGCACGCCCAGUGUGCAGGUUUUUACUGUAUGGUAUUGCCAAGUACCCACUAGUACUAGUAUCUCGUCUAGGAUAUUUAUACUAUACAACUAUAACUAUGUUAUUGGCCAAAAUUAGUCUAUUGGUUUGUUUUCCAUUGGUCUUGGUCAAGUCUAUGCUCUAAAUCCUUUUUGUAUAAAUCGAACUACCGCAUAAUAUGUGUAUGUACUAACGCUAGACGUAAGCCUACAAAGUAUUGUUCGGU